GAGCUGGUGUUACAUUUCCCUAAAUCUGCAUUAAAACUGGUUAAGUUAAGUGUUAGUGGUGAACACUGGCACAGUCUGACCACAGAGCAGCAUCAGGAUGGAAGGGAUCUUCAUUGGUUUCUUGUUUCUCUCAGGGUGCCUCACCUUCUCCACAUGCCUCCUCCAUCAGUACCACUUUGUGUCUGAUGCAAUGAAUUGGACUGAAGCUCAGAGCUACUGCAGAGAGAAGUACACAGACCUGGCCAUUAUUGAAAACACUGAAGAAAUUAAGAAGCUUAAAGACACAGUUUCUGCCGCUGGUAACAGCUCUGAGGUUUGGAUUGGCCUGUACAGUCAUGUUGACUGGAAGUGGUCAGAUGGGUUCAACCAGAGUGGAGCUGAUUAUAGGAACUGGAGGCAUCCUGACCCAAACGAUUAUGCAGCCAAUCAGCUCUGUGUGAACAUGACGAACCGUGGAACCUGGUUUGAUGAUUACUGCCAUAAAGAGAAUCAAUUUGUCUGCUACAGAGGAACAUUAGAGGAUUCUGACUUUGUGCUGGUGAAUACAACAAAGAAUUGGUCUGAGGCUCAGAGGCACUGCAGAGAACACUACACAGAUCUGGCCACUGUGCGGGACGACGCUGACAACAACAAGAUAUGGAAGUUGGAAGAACCUAUCAAAUGGGCAUGGAUCGGUUUGUACAGAGAUCCUCAGAUUUACUGGUCCGAUGGGAGUAACUACUCAUUCAGCUCCUGGUAUCAGGGUGAACACCCACUUGGCUCAAUGAAAGUCGUAUGUGGUGUUGCAGACUUGGAGCAGGGAGGAAACUGGAGGUUAUGUUCCUGUGAAGAAAGAAAACCAUUUGUCUGCUACAGCAUGCGUGGAUGGUGCUUCCUUGAGUGAAAGAGAGAGAACACAUCCUGACAUUAGAAAAACAGUUAUUGUCUCAAAAGUCAUUCUUAUAACAUUAAUUUAUUUAUUAAUAUUUGGAUAAUGUUUGAUCUGUCUAUUGUUUCUUUACAGUGAGAGAAACAAGAAAUGUGUUGUGAUUUUCUUGUAUGUUAUCACUUCAUGAAUCUGCUCUGUGAUGGUUCUUCAAGACAAACUGACACUUUGGAACAUUUUGACUCUGUCUGGUUUCAGACUCACUAAUUCUCAUUGUGAAUGAGAUUUCAGCUCUUAGCUCCAAGCAGUUUUUUUUGUCAAAUUUAAAAACAAAAUUACAAUUUUUUUUACAAUUCCCUGGUUUUGAUUUUAUGGAGAACCCUGUCUUACAAAAAAUAGAUUAAAUAGAUUAAAUAGAUAAACAAAAAUGGUUAAUUUUAUAAAUGAAUCAAUAAGAAUAUGUAUAUGCAACAUGAAUAAAUGACAGAUGUUCUUCUAUUUUCUUUUUGAUUUCACAUACCUUGAGCAGCACACAUAAGGAGCUUCAUUAAAUAUAUUGUAUUGAAAUAGUGACCAGCAGAGGUCGCUACUUGUUACCAAGUUUCUCAUAUCUUCAAACAUGAUCAUCUAAUUAUAACUUUUAAUGGACAUCUUCCUUUUUGGUGAACUGUGACAUUAGUUAAUAGUGGACAAAUCAAUUUGCCACGGCAGUAUUGAUCAUCUUAUUUGCAAGGAGCAGGCUUUGUAGGCUAUUUAUUUAAUCAUUAGUAUUUAAUGAUAAUGCUGGAUUGCUUUGGUAGUGAAUACAAUAAAAAAUCAAUGUAACAAUAAUAUUUCACUGCUCACUGGAAAACACAGAAACAUAAAAUAAACGGAACACUUGGUUA